ACCAACACAAACAUUUAUCCCUCUAUCCAUCGGUUUUGUUCAAGUGUUGGUGAUUACCUCCGCCUCAAAAUGAGUCUACCAGCCCAAUUUCAACGAUAGAAACCCUCCGAAAUUUGAUUCGUGAUAUUUGGCUCGAUUGCAUGAACCGAUCGAUAAUGGAAAUCAAGCCCAUCGACAGGUUCAACAUUUGCUGUUCAUUAAAUGUACCAGAUGCCAAAUAUUGACGGCAGAAAUAAAUCGCUAAAAAAUCGUGAUGUAAACCUUUGAAAUUUGGCUUCCCCUCUCUUUAUCCGUUCCCCCUCCAAUUUGAACGUUUAUCUCUGAUAAAACGGUUUCUUUUCGAUGUAUUCACUCGACAAGUGGCUGUUUCAUACGUGGUAGAAGUUGCGUAGUCUCCCAGCAUGUCCGCCAGUCACAACUUGAACGCUGACGUGUAACAUUCCCCGAAGGAAGCACUAAACUCAAAGAUGUGGCGAGCGCUGUGGAUGCUUCUAGCCCUGGGCAUUGUCAUCGCCUCGGGAGAGACAACCGGCGACGCCGAAGACGCCAGUGUUGAGGUGGAUCCUAGCGAGAAUAUCGAUGUUAACAUUCCUGGAUUGGAUAAAAAAAUACCGUCCCCUGCGGAAUUACUGAAGAUGCUGGACUCGAUGGACUUGUCUGACGAGGAGAAGGAAAACAUACGCGAGAGUAUUAUGAGGAAUCCUGAGGGUCUGAAUAAUGCCGUCGGGGGUUCCGGGGGAUUCCUCUAUCAGGCACUUGUGCUCUUGUCGCUGCUCAGUGUGCUGGCACUUAUUUUUGGGUUCUUCGGGUACAAACUGUACAAGAGUCUUGUCGCAAAGGAGCUCAAACGCGAGAUGAAGAGGAAGCAGAAGGAGAUGAAGAAGAAAAAGUGAGGGCUUUGUUCUUGUUGAUUUCAUUCCAGAGAUAUUUUUGUACCUUCAUGAGGAGAUAAUUAAUUGAGAAUUGUGGAGACUGUUAUUUGUACAGGGAGAUUUUUGAAGAGAGCAUUAAAAGAUUAUUUGUUAUUAAGGAUUA